AUGGACGUGGACGCGCCCACGAAUCGCUUCAAGCAUAAAUCAUACAACGAUUCACUACGAGAGGUCCACCUGCCGUCUGCCCUUGCUCAAACAGAGCUCGAACACAAGAUUGGGGAGAACGGCUCGCAAUUCUACGAAUCACUACAACAUUGGAAGCAGCUUAACCUUUCUCCAUCGUUUCUUCAAUAUGCCAACCUGGUAGAACCGCUGUCGGCUUCCAUGCCCCUUUUGCUGCAUAAUUGGAGGGAUGUAGUAAAGCUCUGGCUGGACGCGUUGGCAUCGUCAAAUGACGAGGGUUUCAAACCUCUUCUCGACUUGAUGCAGAAUCUAGCACACGAUCUGCGGACGACACUUUUGCCUAUGUAUCCUGACAUACUAGCCCGACUGUUGAAACUUUUGACCCGUUCGAUAUCAGCCGCCUCCCUAUCCACUCUUCUAGCAACUUUCUCCUCCCUGUUCAAGUUCCUGCUCGUGCCCUCCAUACGCUUCGAUCUACUGGAAACGACGUGGGCUGCAAUGUCCAAGACCUUACGUCAAUGUAUUCCGGAGGUACAACGCGCCGUGGCCGAAGUUUGGGGUUCAGUGUUGCGUCGUUUAAAAGCAACUGGGCGUGAAAAGGCAGUCCAAUCCAUUGCAAAUGACCUCGAAGGGCUAGAGGAUGCGUCCGCGUGGUGCCUCGUCUUCGCAUGCAAAUCUGUAUCACAGACACUACACACAUCAACACUCUCCUUGCUAUCGCCAUUGAUCUCCCUGUAUUCAUCAGCAUCUCAGCCCGAUGCCUUGUAUACCUUGAUUCGACGGCUCAUCACGGCGCUUAUUCACCACGUCAAGAAUGCAGAGCAGUUUACGCCUCUCGGCGACUAUCUCGUUACACUGUUCCUUGAGUCUUCGAAAGCCGCUAGCACCGAGGAGGAGCAAGAAAGGCUUAGGCGGAGCUUAGAGCUGAUUGGAAUACCUUGUGCUGUUCGCCAGGGUUCGCGGUUAACUGAAAAGCACCUUAGUUCAAUAGCUAAUGAACUCGCUAACAAUGUCCCCAAAAUGUCCGCUUUGCAUCACGCUCUUGGGAAGGUCACUGCUGCAACAUUACUCGCUGGAGAAAUGGGACUGUGGCUUGGACCAGGUCGCAAGUUGUUAGAGAGCUCGUGGAGCGAUCCAGCGUACGCCAUCAAGCUUCACGGAGCUCUGGCGGAUCUAGGAUGGGGUGGGUGGAAAUCAUUGGCACUUCCCAACGUCCUGAAGCAAACACCAAACUUGCUGCAAAAUGAUCCUCACAACACCAUUCACCUCCUCUCUGUCCUACAUCGUGACAAACGUUUGGGCGAGGUCGAUCUCGUAUGGAAGCAGCGAUUUAACACUUGGGCUAGCGGGCAGCUCCGAAAUUGGGAGCUUACCGGCGAUGCAGUCAUGGACUUGGGGAGUAUUUUAUCGAUGGAAAGCUAUAUCACCACACUGGGCCCUUCUUUGAUUUCAAUAAUCGAGAGGAGUCUGAGUUCGAUCGACAAUGACGACGGUGAGACCAUGAUUGCCAGUAGAUCCAGGGUAGUUGGCGUAUGCUUGCAGGCACUUGCCAAACGGAAUCCCCAAGAGUGGAAAGACGGAUUGGACUUGGUAGCCUGCACUCGUAGAUGCGUAGCACGGUGGGCAGACUCGGAAUGGGUGCUCGGUGGCUUGGAUGCCUUAUGGACUGCUAGCGGUAUAUCUUCGGCACUCCCCUUGGACGAAGUUUACCAGAGCCUCAACCGAUCUAUCCUAUCGCAUUCGAGAGCAUUACGUCUGCACUCAUUACGCCUGCUGUCAUCACCCUUCGUUCAAUCUUCAACCGCUCAACGGGAGGUCCUCAAGCGAUGCCUACAAGGGGAGGAAGUCCCCCUUGAUAUGCAAGGAGUCCGGGAACGUGUUCUCCGCAUAGGAAGACUCAGUCAGCUUAUAAGGGACGAUGAUGAACUAGUGGCUGAUAUCUGCGUACGAUGGCUCUUAGCUCAGCUCAAGGUUAAUCUCCGUCCAUUAUGGUCACCUGCCACCGGUGCUUUGUCGACUUUGUCAGACAAGUUUGGUUCCCAAGUAUGGGCCAUCCUCCUUGAAGAGUUGAAAACACUUGUAUCCACCACCAACGACGCUAGGGAAUCGCCAGGUGAAAAUCAGAAUGAGAGCGAAGGUGACGACCCGAGUGAUCCUUGGGAAGAAGAAAAGAUGUGGCGCGAUCCAUCAGCUCAUAAGAUGAGAGGAGUAAUGGCACAGUGGAUGAAUGAGGAUUGGCAUCGGACUGGCGCGUUGACGCGUGCACAGACUCCGAACGCUCGAUUUGACCGGCAGUCAUACGAAGUGCAGCUGUUGUCGUGCCUUUCGGAAUGUCAUAGACUUGCAGAAAAGCACAACAAGGACUUGGUCCCCCUUUUCCUCUCCUUUUCGACCAGGUCUACCGGCGCGAAGCCAUCGCGGACGAAGCUAGCUGCGUGGCUUACGCUGUUCUCCAAAUUCAGCAAUCCCAAAGCUCUUUAUGCGACCGAGGCUCUGCAUUCCGUAUAUACCGUCCUCCUCUCCCAUCCCGACCGCACUCUCCAAACGCUCGCUCUUUCCUGCAUAUUGACGUACAAGUCCCCACAUCUUACGCCCCACGAAGAUGAAAUCAAAUCGUUGCUCGAUGUUACUCGGUGGAGGGACGCACUUACGAAUCUCGACCUGUCGACCCUUGAGGGCCCUACUCGUACGGAAGUUAUCAACACUAUCACCAGGCUUCUCUUCGGCAUUAUGCUCGAGAAGAAGGGCCGUAGUCGCGGGGCUGACCGCAGAGCAGCCGUCCUGGGCACGCUGGCGUCGUGUACUGACGAGGAAUUGUUCUUGCUCGUUGACCUCAUGUUACAUCCAACCACUUCUACCUCACUGGUGCCGCCAAUGGAUGGCCAAAGCACGAUGUCACUGUCCGAAGAGAAACAGCAGCUGGGCUUCUUGACACUACUGGGCGACGUGUUGAAGAACCUUGGAUCAAGGCUGGUGGCAUAUUGGCCAAUGCUGCUGAGCCAAACGAUUGCGAUUACCGCACGGGCCCAUUCACGCUUGACUUCGCGUAAUGAAAAUGAAGAAAUCGAAAUUGAUGACGACGCAGAAGAGGAAGAGGACGAAGAAGAGGCCUCGGGCUCAAGUACUUCCAAGAACACGCGAUUGAUACGACAGACAGGACUUAAGCGCUUCGCUGAUUUUUUCCGUCAGCCGGUAUCAUUCGACUUCACUUCAUAUAUGAAGGGGGCCUUCGAAUCCUUUAUAUCCCCACGUAUCGAUGACCUCGACAAGGAAAAUAUACAAGCACCAUCCGCUCUUCUAGAAUUGUUCUUCACCUGGACUCUCCAAAGGGAUUAUGUGCCCUAUUUGAUCAGUUUCGACAACAGAUUGAUACCUAGUAUCUAUAACUGUCUCGUUGCAAAGAAUGUCAAAACAUCCGUCAUCAUGAAGAUAUUCGACAUUAUCGAUAGGCUGCUUGUCUGGUCGUCAGAUGAUGAUACCAUCUCUGCCUCCGUCGUCAUCCCGCACAUGUCUUUACUGUUGGGAAAUAUAGCUGUCUUAGCCGAGAGGACGUCUGGCAACAAAACAGUGGCUACGCCGCUGGGCCAACGCGAGAUUCACAUCCUCUCUCAAAUUGCGCCUUACUGCAGAGAUCAGGGCCAGGCAUCAAGACUGCUUAAACUCUUCAUCCCUUUGUUGCGCAAGCCAACAAAGGUCGUACCGGAGACGGUCAAGGUUGAUUUGGUCAAGAUCAUUUACAACAUCAUGCCUAUGAUACCCGAGCUGGCAGCCCCGUCAGAUAGCCUUUCUAUGAAGACGUACGAAAUGCUCUCGCAGCUGUUCCAAACCCUGCGCUCCCGCCAAGGCCGCCUUGCCAUUGUUCAAGCUUUCCACCGCUUUGCAUCUAUCGACACCACCUUACAGGACGUCGCUGACGUAUUGACAUCCCUCAACUCCUACUCUCCUAAACGUAUCGAGGAACCGAACUUCGAACGUCGCUUAGAAGCCUUUAACUUGCUCAACGAGAUCGUUCAUAGCAAACUUUCGUGUCGACAGUGGCUUCCUUUGCUCUACAACUCACUGUAUUUCAUCCAAGAUCCCACUGAGCUCUCUAUCAGAAGCAAUGCCUCUUAUGCACUUCGCCGCUUCAUCGACCAGGUAGCCGAGGGUGAAAACGUCGACGAGUUUCAAGCGGGCUUCUUGAGAAUGUUGUAUCCCGGUCUCAAGAACGGCCUGCGUUCCAAGAAUGAAAUGGUACGGGCUGAGAUAUUGGGAGUCCUUUCCUAUGCUGUGGAUCGGUGCACUCGAAUUGCGAGUCUUCAGGAAAUGCGGAUACUCCUCGCGGGUGGUGAUGAAGAAGCGAACUUCUUCAACAAUGUCCUCCAUGUUCAAUUCCACCGCCGUUCCAGAGCCCUGCGGAGGCUCGCGGAAAUAUGCGAAGCAGGUCAUAUUCGCAGUAGCACUCUUAACGAGAUAUUCGUCCCCUUGGUUGCCAACUUCAUAGUGUCGACGUCCACCCUCGACCAUCAUCUUGUUAAUGACGCGAUCUCAACAACUGGUCGGAUGGCCAAACAUCUUCUUUGGGGCGCUUAUUACGCUCUGGUGCAAAAGUACCUCAAGCUGACUAGCGACAAGGAUGAAGCCGAACGUGUCUACGUUCGAACAUUGGUUGCCAUCUUGGAAAGCUUUCACUUCCCGAUGGACGAAGCCGUAGCCGUACCGCAAGACGUUCCAGAGGCGGGUCUGGAAGACGUGGAUGAUGAGCACCCCCUCGAAGAGCCAUCCGCGCCUCAGGCGGCUGCAAUCACCACCAAGGUUGCCGACGCUGUGCAACAACGUCUUCUCCCUCGGCUCCUGAGCCAUCUAGAGAAACGGGACCCAACUACCGAAGACGGAUCUCGAAUCCCUAUUGCUCUUGGUAUCGUGCAGGUGGCUCAGCAUCUUCCAAGUAAAAUGCGAGAGCCCCAGGUAUCUAGGCUUCUGACCAUCCUCAGCCAGAUUCUGCGCAGUCGAUCCCAAGAAACACGUGACUUGACGCGCGACACCAUCAAUCGAAUCGCCAUCACUUUGGGAUCUGCCUCUCUUCCGACAUUGCUUCGUGAGCUACGCGCCGCUCUACUACGAGGGCCACAGUUGCACGUUCUCGCCUAUACAACACACUCUUUGCUUGUGCGCGUGACAUCAGAUGAACACUCAAAACAGUUCGACGUACUGGAUAGCUGUGUAACCGACGUUGCUCACAUCGCUACCGAGGUCGUCUUUGGGGAGUCGGGUAAGGAUGUCCAGUCGGAGGAUCUCAAGACAAAAAUGCGUGAAGUUCGGGCUUCCUCAUCAAAGGGCCUUGAUUCAUUCAUGAUCAUGGCCAAGCAUAUCCGCCCCUCAGCUAUAAGCGGACUACUGGCUCCCCUUCGGUCGAUCAUGCAUGAAACAGAGUCGUUGAAGGUCAUGAAUCAAGUCGAUGAAGUCCUGAAGCGUAUUGUAAGCGGCCUCAAUGCGAACCAACACCUCGUGCCAGCGGAACUUCUGGUGCUGUGUCAUACGCUGAUAACCCAGAACGCGAACUUCUUGAACCAAGCCCCUGCGAAACGGAGAGCGCAAACGAAAGACGACGUUAUUGUGCAAAUCAAGCGCCAGAUAGCAACCGACACAGAUCAUUACUCUAACAAUGCUCACCGAUUUGUGGCUUUUGGCCUUGAUCUCUUCAAUACUGCCUUGAAGCGCGGUCGCUUUGAUUUCAAAGAUCGCGAUAUCAUGUCACGCUUGGGGGGAAUGAUUGUGGCUGUCGGGAACACACUCUACUCGACUGACAGUCCCGUGCUUGUAUUGGGUCUCAAAGCCGUCGCAGGCCUGGUUAAGUGCCCGUCCAAGGUCCUGGAGGAGUCGCUCCCGGUCUUCAUCCGUCAAGUCCUAGAUAUCAUCAAGCAAACUGGUAGCACGGAAUCGGAGGUCGUGCAGGUCGCAUUCAAAUCUUUGGCUACUAUUCUCCGUGACGGACCAGCGGUUCAUGUCCAAGAGAAGGACCUCGUCUACUUGUUGGAACUGCUCGGCCCUGAUCUGGAAGAGCCUACACGGCAGGCAUCCGUAUUCGCCAUGCUUCGCGCAAUCGUAGGGCGGAAGUUCGUUGUCCCCGAAAUCUAUGAUGCGAUAGACAAGGUUUCCGAAGUUAUGGUCACCAGCCAGUCCGCGCAAGUUCAGGAACUUUGUCGCAGCGUCAUCUUGCAAUUCCUCUUGGACUACCCACAAGGCAAGGGUCGACUUCGCAACCACAUGACCUUCCUUGCCAAAAACCUAUCAUAUGUGUACGACAGUGGUCGCAAGUCGGUAAUGGAACUGCUGGGGGCCGUCAUCACGAAGUUCGACCAGAAGCUGAUCAUUGAAUAUGCCGAUCUCCUUUUCGUCUCCCUCGUCAUGGUCAUCGCCAACGAUGACUCGGCUAAAUGUCGCGAAAUGGCUUCUGAAUUGAUCAAGAGUCUUAUCCUUCGUCUAGACGAAGAGCGUCGGAAAGUCAUGAUGUCACAUCUUCAUGCAUGGGUAUCGCAGCAAAGCCAGGUUCAACUGAUUCGUGUUUCCCUGCAAGUCUAUGGCCUCGUUGUGGAUAUAAUGCAGGCCGACUUGGACUCUCAAGUCUCGAUUAUAUACACCGACAUAUCGGGAUCUUUACAAUACAGCACGAAGCUUCUACAAUCAGUGACCGAAGAAGCCAACAUGGAUAUCGACUUGGAUUGGCAGGUUCCUUAUCAUUCGCUUCUACUCCUCGAAAAAGUCCUCCGUAUCUUUCCAAGCCAUACGACCGACGGGGGUAAAGUUCCUUGGGACACCAUCACGACACUCCUACUGUUUCCGCAUGCGUGGGUGCGAACAGCAUCUUGUAGACUGCUCGGGAUGCUUUUCAACGUAGUCCCUGCUGGACCUCCUUCGUCGUACCUCCCAACCGCAACAGAUGCUAUCAACAUUUUCUCUGUCUCAGGGUCUAAGAAAACGGCCGAGAAGUUAUGCGUGCAGUUGAAGAGCGAGCAUCUCGAUGAAGCGCUUAGUCUCCAAGUGGUCAAGAAUUUGUUUUACUUGGGCAAAUGCUUUGCGGCGAUGCCCCUGGCUGACGAGGUAGAACGCGAAGAAGACGAAUCAUCUGUUAGGGCGAGUCCCCUCCCGUGGCUAUUCUCCAAGCUUUCGUAUCAGAUAAAAUCUGCACAUAUCGCUCGGCGGAAUAAGCCUUCGGCUAAUGCCAACUGGACCCAGCAACCUCUUGCAAUCCUGAAGUGGUUCGCUGCAAUGACAUCCCAUUUAGACGCCGAUACAUUGGAGCGUUUCCUGGUUCACAUUUUGACACCAAUGUACCGGAUCCAAGACGAAGAUACUAUUCGGGAUGAGAAGCUAGAGGAGCUCAAAACUGUCGCAUCUGAACUGCAAGACUUGGUGCAAAGCAAAGUUGGCGUCACCAAGUUCUCGACGAUAUAUCAACAGAUAAGACAAGGUGCGCUUGACGUACGACGGGAUCGCAAGGCGACUCGGGCAAUACAGGCGACAAUUCACCCAGACCUCGCCGCAAAACGACGCAACCAACGCAACAUCGUCAAGAAGGAGAGUAAGAAGAGAAAAACGCAAAGCUUCCCUGAACACAAAGGCAAAAUGAAGCGAAGGCGGCAGGACUAA